AUGACAGAGCCUACAUCUAAAGAGCUCAGACUACACAUCGGGAACAUAUCUCCCAAGUUGGCCGCAUCCGCGGAAAUGUUUGAGGCCAGACUCGCCAAAUUCGGGACCAUCACCAAAAAGUUGGAGAUCAAAUCAAAACCAUUACUUGAUAAAUACUUUGGGUUUGUGUCAAUGGAGCUCACUCCUCAACAGUAUGACAAGUUGAAGGCCGCAUUCCAUGACAUCUUGUUCAUGGGUAUGAAACUCCUGGUGACCGAAGCCCGUCUGGGUUACAACUGGGAGAAGGAUCAUAACCGACCCGACAUCAAGAAACAAGAGAGGAUUAACCGAGAAUUAAUUGCUGAGGCUAGACGUAAGAGAAUUGUAGAAGCUUCGACAAAAUACCCAACCAACCUGUUCACCGGAGAACUCACCAACUCGAGCUUUUUAGCCGCCAAUGCCGGCAGUUUGGGGUACAUGAAGUCAAGUCAUACCACCAACAACAAGUCCGCCAAUACUAAAAAUAAACCUCCUUCAUCAACCCUUGUAGGGCUGAAAUCAUACUCCAUAGCAUGUAUUGCCAAGCAGCCAUACCGUCAGCAAUACCUGACCACGUCCGGUCACGGGGAAGUCGUGCAGGGGAGAUUGAGAUCCACAGCAAGACCAAUAAGACACAUGAGAGAACUGACGUUGAGAAUUCUUAUCAAUGGAGAGUUGAAGACUUACAAGAACUACAAGACGAAGCUUUGGGGGAUGGACACCAGUAAGACCGCACGAGACUUGACCUGGAGAUACGUUGAAGGUAGUUGGAAGAGUGGAGAUGAUCAUAUAGUUGAAAGAAGAAGAAUUGUUCGUGCAGUGCCAGUCGACGAUUAUGUGCUUGGUGGGCCUGAACCGGUCAGAUGUGGUGCCAAUGUAGAGGAGUAUGGUAAACCAGCCCUUUCUAAAGAUUCCGGAGAACCACCAGUUAUCCUUGAUGAAGAUCUUCAACAAGAAAUCGAUAAGAACAAUAAUGUCUUAGCAUCACUUUUCUCCACCCAUGACUUUGACAAGCCAUUGGAGGUGGAGGAGGACAUAGAGAAGCCAGAAGUCACCUUUGACAGCAAGGGGAGACGCACGGUGAAGACCUUUGACUAUGAGAUUGAAGGGGCCGACCAGAACGACGACGAGGACGACGACGACGAAAAUGCAUCUGACGUGAGUUUCGAUUACGAGGGUGCACGUCAAGCGGUUGCACAAUACACCAAGGAACACGAGAGACCACAGGAAGUGUACUACGAUGAAAACGAUGACGGGAACAACUUGGACUUUGACUUGGAUGCCCAAUCCACGGAAGCCCUUCGUAAGAGAUACGAAGAUGAACACAGAGAUGAAGAAGAAGAAGAAAAAGAAGUAGAACAACAACAUAAGGAGGAUGUCUUCACACGUGGACAAUCCGUGGGAACAGACUCUGUUGAUGAAACGUUCAUCACUGCACAGGAAAACCAAUCAGAGGAAGAAGAACCACAAUCUGAAGAAGAAUUCAUCCCUUCAUUUGGACAGAAAACCAACAAUACCGAAACUUUGAGGACUUUGUUCAACAAGGAGGAAGAUUCCACGUUCAAACUUAACGUGGAGGACGACGAUGACAUCGAUCAGGAGAAGGAGGUUGUGCUUGAUGAGUCACAACAAAGAGAAUUAUUACGAGAGAUCGAGCUCAAACAACAGGAAGAAUUACAAAAAUUCCAAGAAAAGAGAAGAGCCCAAUUUGGCCUUUUCUGGACUCAUUCAGAUUCUCCGUUUUUAGCUACACAAUCUCAACUUUCCAAGAUUGGUACUGCCGACGACUUGGUCAAUCUCCCUGGUGAAGACGAUGCCGGUGCUGGAGCCAACACGGCUGACGCGGGCGAGGAGAGUGUUUAUGAAAAAUGGUUUUGGGACCAUAGAGGGGAGCUCAGUAGAGAGUGCAAGAGAAGAAAGAGAGAUGUUGUUCGUGCGUUCAAGAAGAAGGUUAAUGUAUGA